UUGUCUUUCUCACACCAAACCCUUCUUCUCCUCUGUUUCUUUAAUCUCCUCUUCUUUGUGUUUCAUUUUAGUUUUCUUUCUCUCUAAGUCCCUAAUGACUAACCAUAAUGCCUUAAUCUCCGAUGCGAAAGCCAGCAUCGGUGUAGCGGUUAGAGUUUCAAACCAAUCUCUCUUUUCUCCCGGAGGUGGCCGUUACAUCAGCAUUCCCCGGAAGAAACUUGUUCAAAAGCUUGAGGCUGACCCUAGCCAAACCCGGAUCAACACUUGGAUCGAAGCUAUGAGGGCUUCUUCCCCUACCAAAACCCGACCGGGAAACAUAUCUUCCUUGCCAGAGUCUGAUGAGGAGGAUGAACACUCUUCUUGGAUGGCUCAACACCCUUCAGCUUUAAGGAUGUUUGAAGAAAUAGCUGAAGCUUCGAAAGGGAAACAAAUCGUCAUGUUUCUUGAUUACGACGGUACAUUAUCUCCCAUUGUUGAAGACCCGGAACGAGCUUACAUGACUGAUGAGAUGCGAGACGCGGUAAAAGGCGCGGCUAGAUACUUCCCAACCGCGAUUGUCACUGGAAGAUGCCGCGAUAAGGUUCGUAGAUUUGUUAAACUCCCUGGACUUUACUAUGCCGGUAGCCAUGGUAUGGACAUCAAAGGACCUUCCAAGAAAACAAAACAUAACAAGAACAACAAAGGUGUUCUAUUCCAAGCAGCCAAUGAGUUCUUGCCUAUGAUUGACCAGGUCUCAAAGUGUCUAGUCGAGAAAAUGAGAGAUGUACAAGGAGCAAGCGUCGAGAACAACAAGUUUUGUGUCUCGGUUCAUUACCGUUGCGUCGACCAAAAGAACUGGGGACUAGUAGCCGAACACGUAACCACAAUCUUGAGUGAGUAUCCGAAACUAAGGUUAACACAAGGAAGAAAAGUCUUAGAGAUUCGACCAACCGUGAAAUGGGACAAAGGCAAAGCUCUUGAGUUCUUGCUUGAAUCUUUAGGGUUUGCCAACUCUAAAGAUGUUUUGCCUAUCUAUAUUGGAGAUGAUCGUACCGACGAGGAUGCUUUUCAGGUAUUGAGAAAGAGAGGACAAGGCUUUGGUAUACUUGUGUCCAAAGUUCCUAAGGAAACGAGUGCUACAUAUUCUCUACAAGAACCUUCCGAGGUAGGAGAAUUUUUGAGACGGCUCGUGGAAUGGAAACAAAUGUCACUAAGAGGAAGAUAGCCAAUUUCAAGACUAUAGUUUAUUUUAAUUAAAUAAAUUAAUUACCUUUUGCAUGCAACAAAAAUUGUUGUAUGAUCGAUGUAUUUUUUUUUUGUUCCUUUUUUUAUAUAUAUAUUUUCAUGAA